AUGAAUAAUCAAUUAUUGGGUAAUUUAUGUGCAGCAUGGGUGUCAAGAAAAAGAUAUAAACAACUUGUAACAAAAGAAAUAAACAGAGAUAAAGUUGCUAAGGAAAUUUUAGAUACAGAAUUAAUUUAUGUUAAAAAUUUAGAAACUAUUGUAUCUCAUUAUUUAAAACCAUUAAGAGCAAUCAAUCCCCCAUUAUUAUCACCAAAAUCAAUCAAUAUUAUUUUUGGACACAUUGAAGAUUUAUUAUCAAUUAACAAAGAACUUUCUAUUAAAAUUCAAGAUAAAAUGACACAGUGGUAUCAAAGUAAAAAGUUGGGAGAGAUUUUUAUUAGACUCUCACCAUAUUUUAAAUUAUAUACAGAAUAUUGCAGUAAUUACGAUAAGGCUAUAGCAAGAUUAAAACAAAAGACGGAGGAAAGUAAAGAUUUAUCAAUGUUUUUAAAGAAAAAGAAUAGCGAGAAUGGAACAGGUUUGGAUUUAAUCUCACUAUUAAUUAUGCCAGUACAACGUAUUCCACGUUACAAAUUACUUUUACAAUCAUUAAUUCAAUAUACUCCACUAGAAUCACCAGACUAUAAAGAUGUGGAUAAAGCCUUGGAAUCAAUUAGUGAAGUGGCUAACAUUGUAAAUGAAUCAAUUCGUGAAAAACAAAAAAUGGAAAAGAUUUUAUCAAUUCAAAAAAGAUUCACUGGCGCAUGCCCACCAUUAUUAGCACCACUAAGAACUUUUAUUCGUGAAGGUUAUUUAACUAAAGUUUGUAGAAAAGAUCAUAAAAAGCGUUGGUUUAUUUUAUUUAGUGAUGCACUAGUUUAUGGUACUAAAAUCGAAACUGUAGGGGCUCCAAUUUAUAAAUUUCAUCGUUUAUUACUAUUACAUGGUUCAAAACUCUCGAAACUAGAUGAUAGCAAAUUUAAAAACUCAUUUCAAAUUAUUCAUUCAAUUAAAUCAUUUACUUUAAUUGCAGAAAGUGAACAGGAAAAACAAAGUUGGACAAAAUCAAUUGAGGAUGCUCAAAACUUUUUAUCAAAACAUGGUUCAUCACUUAAUAUUUUAAAAAAAGAAGAGGUUACAUUACAAAGUGCACCAGUUUGGGUACCAGAUAGCGAAGCAUUACAGUGUAUGGAGUGCCAGAUAAAGUUUACUACAAUUAGAAGAAGACAUCAUUGUAGAAAUUGUGGAAAUGUUGUUUGUGGUAAAUGUUCAGACCAAAAAUGGACUCUAGAUCAAAAUAAAAAAGAUGUUAGGGUUUGUAAAGCUUGUUACAAUUAUCUUUCG